AUGGUGUCUCCAACAAAGAGUUGGAGUCCUCAAAAACUUACAAUAGUGCUGCUGCUUCUUUUGUGUGUUACAAUUUCUAGCAACUUAGAUCAACCACUGGUUUCCCAGCCACCAUAUACUGAAAUCAAAUGUGGAUCAUGUCCUUGUGGAAGCCCAUGUGAUGAACAACUUCUAUCUCCUCCUCCUCCACCACCACCUUCGCCGCCGCCACUACUCCUCCCUGAGAUUUCCUCACCACAAAAUUGUGAUCAAUCACCACCACCUCCACCACCAUCAAAACCACCGCCACCACCGCCAUCACGACCACCACCAACACCACCACCGCCAAGGUUUAUAUAUGUAACGGGUGUGCCAGGGGAUGCUUUUGCAAACUAUUACUCUGCUUCUCAAAACAGAGUUGUGGGGUUGCUGCUUUUGGCUGGUUUGGGAGCAUUGUCAAUCACAAUGUUAUUUGGCUGA